UCAGAAAGAAUUUGCUUAUAUCUGAACUGAUACUUUGGUGAAGCUUCGGUCUCCUACUAAUAUAUAAAGGUGUCAGCUUGUAGUUUGUGAAGGCAAUUUUAGAUAUACAUAUACACAAUUUUCAGAUACAAUACUCUCAUAUCUUGCUGUUACAAUUUUUUUUUUUCAUAUUAAUAUUAAUUUAAAAUGUUUGAGUUGAAAUUUUAACUUGAUUUUUGUUGGAAAUAAAUUCUCUUGAAUAAAUUUGAAAGACAUUUUUUUUCACUUAGAUUAAUGAGCCCGCGCAAAGGUGUAAAGCCUAGCAACAGCAAAUUUAAUGCAUUUAUCGCAUUAUCCGUCGCUAUUUUCCUAUUUCUAUCAGUAGUUAUCAGCAAUUUGUUCAUAAAUUACCUGACAGUCUUAACUUUGGAUUCGAAUUCAGUGUAUAAUGACGAGCGAGAAUUUUUUUCUCAAAAUGAGCUCAAAAAGAUUCCUUGUUUUACAGACGCUAUAAAUUUAGAAAACAGUCGUAUUAAUUACUCGCUAGUUGCCGAUUUCAAAAAAUGCACUUCAGAGCCGCACUAUCACAUCGGGUUCGUCAAAACGCACAAAUGCGCCAGCGAUACAGUCGCUGGAUUGUUUUUACGAAUUGCAGACGAGCAGAAUUUACAAGUUAUUUUACCAGCCCAAAUAGAAAGCUGGAAUAUAGGCUGGCCGAGACCUAUAGGUCGAGAUUUCUUUCUACCCUCGCUAAAAAAAUCGAAACGUUAUGACAUGCAAGCCUUGCACCAUAUGUAUUCGCCUAAUCUUUGGGACGAACUUUUAGAACCCGACCGUCACUUAAUUGGCAUCAUUAGAAACCCGCUUGAUCAAUUUAUAUCUGUGUUUAAUUAUUUCCGUAUCGGAACAAGAAUUGUAAAAGACUUCCACUCUAAAAACGAAACAGUUUUUGACGAUUUUCUUCAAAAUCCGCAAGUGUAUUACGAGUAUUUUGCGCCUCAAAACAUUAUGUUUCAAAACCCAAUGCUUUUGGACUUUGGAUACACAAAAGAGAUGAAGAAACCACUCGAAGAUUUUAUUCAGUUCAUUAGAAAAAAGUUCUCUCUUAUUUUGGUUGCUGAUUUUUUGGAUGAAAGUCUGAUUUUGUUGAAGAGAAAACUUUGCUGGACAAUGCGUGAUGUUUUGUUCAUGUCGAAAAACAAGUCGCAAUAUAAAAACUUAGUGCUUGAUAAAUCGAGUGAAGAUAUGCAAAAACAACGUGAAAAGCUGUACAGAAAAUGGAGCUCAGAAGAUUAUGUGUUCUACGAGACUCUUCUGAAAGUUUUCUGGAAACGAGUCGCAGUGCAGUCUUAUUUUUACGAAGAAGUGAAAACGUAUAAGAGGAUUCGAGAGAUAGUGCUGAACUACUGCAAAAAGCCGAAAGGUCUAAAUAAACCUGUGAAGAUUUCGGCGACGCCGUUUAGCGACGAGUUCAUUAUUGACAAAGAUCUCUGCAACAGAAUGAAUAUCAACUUCAACUACCACAUUCUAAAACUCCAGAUGAAGCACAACGAAACUAAACGAGAAAAAGAAGAAUUUGAAUGGACGAAAGAAGAUUUCAUGGAGGAGUUUCAGAAACCCGACAAGAAACUGACUCUAAAGAAAGCAAGAAAAGUGCUCCCUGUAGUUGAGGAAAAUUAACAUGCACAUUUGCUACAACAACUGUAGUUAUCAUUUGCAGCUGGCAUUAAUAUUAAAUUCUAAAAAAACGUUCCAACUUUUCAAAUGUUAUUUUCCUGCAAGUUUUUGUUCACAUCUUCAAAAAAUUUCUCUGUCGGUGUCAUAGCUGAACAACAAAUAUCCUCGAAGCAAAACUUGAAUUGUUUUAAUAUUUUCAUCUUUCUCUUCUUC